CAAUGCAAAUUAUUGUUAAAAAUUCAAUUAUUAAGAAGAAUUAUUUGUCCUAGAAAUUUGGCACUCGAUUUUCUUGAAGAAAUUUGAAAUCCAUGAAUGAGAAAACUUUGCAUGGACCACCUUUAAAUUUUUCAUUUAGAUCAUUGAAUACAAUUAAAGAAGUCCUAGAACAUCGUCCAAGAAUAUGGACUAGACAACUGAAGAAAGAUGAAAACGGAAAAUAUUUGACUCGAGGAAUUCAAUUAAAUAAUAAUUUAUUAACUUCAUUGGAAGGGUUUACUGAAGUAGCUGAAAAGUUUCUUGCCUUCCCUGAAGAUAUUUCGUGGAUCGAUAUCAGUUUCAAUCAUUUAACUUCUAUAGAAUCGAUCUUAUUGAAUUUUCCAAAUUUAAGAAUAUUAUAUUUACACGGAAACAAUAUAAAUCGACUAUCGCAAUUAUCAUUGUUAACCGAACUAACUCAUCUGAAGAAACUGACCCUGUUCAACAAUCCUGUAGAAACAUUGCCAUUCUAUAGAAUGAAAGUCCUGGGUUAUUUACCAAAUUUAAAGAGUUUAGAUUUCAGUGGAGUUACACUCAAAGAGAGUGAAAGAGCUUCGAGAGAAUUCUCAUCUCACUUAAAUCCCUGAUGUAUUUAAAUUCGUGAUUUCUUCUCCUUAAAUCUAA